UUAAGCUUUGUAUAGAACCAUGUUGAUACUGAAACUAUGUUGUAUGUAUUUAGUUUAGUUUUACUAUUGAUUAUGAAGGUGAAGAUUUGCGUGGCACACGUAGAUGGAGCUAAGCUCGAAGAAGAGUGUAACGUAGCAGAUAUAUGCCGACACGACCAAGUGCCAAUGUGCGGGAUCGACUCUUGUGGCGAAAUGCGCACCUUUAUCGAUACGUGUGAUAUGCAUGAAUAUAAUUGUGACAGUCGAAAGGACUUUGUACAAAAACCAGUACACGAAUGUUGGGUGACUUGCAAACGUGGUAGAAGUUUCAAAAAACGCGCCUACGGAGAUGGCUGUGACAUGGAAAAUUUCAUACAAUAAUAAAUAUUAUUUUAUAAAUACUUACAGAAUAAGUUAUAGUGUACAAA